AUGAACGCCACUAAAGAAUUGACCUUCAGUUUGUUAAAUAAAUUUCAAGACAAGGGGAGGUUCGGAUCUGCCCAAAGACAUGCUGGCAUCUCACUUAAAGGGUUCAUCUCUGGUAUACUUUUUUCUUUUCUAUACUUUUUGUUUCAGCUUUCUCUCUUUAUCGUCCUAAGGUCAAGAUUCAAGACUAUAUAUCAGGCUAACGUGGCCCUUAAAAUUUAUCCAGACUCUAAAGUUUGCCCUGCCAAAAAAAAAAGAAACUUUUGGUCAUUAUUCAUAUUUGUCAAAGAAAUUCCAAGAAGGCUGCUAAACCCCACAGGAAAUUUCGAUCUAAAUGAAAGAUAUGGGUUGGAUAAUUAUUUAUUUUUAAGGUUUCUCAAACUGUUGAUAUCCUUUUUUGCCAUCUUAUCCGUCAUCAACAUUCCAAUAUUAGUUCCACUUCAUUAUUUUUCCAUGGGUGAUUUGAAGGAUAGUGAAGAUGAACGCUAUCAGCAGACUUUUAGGACAACAAGUAAGCUCGAUAAGUGGACUAUGUCGAAUUUAACACAAGAUUCCUCGAAUAGACUAAUUUGUCAUUUGUUUUUGAGCAUCUUUGUUGUACUUUGGUUUCACGUUAUUCUUUCCACUGAGUUAAGGUUUGUUAACCGACUAGGGUAUUCCGUUUUGAUGAAAAGUAAGUACCAAAAUAUCUUAUAUGUGGAAGGCUUGUCAAAUGAAUUGACUGGCCAAAAUGUCUCUUUGGAAGAAAUUUUCCAACGGCUGCAUCCUAAUUGCCUGGAUACGAUACACUUCAUUCCAAGAAACCUGAGAAAAGUACACAAUUUAGAGGUGAAACUAAAUAAAUUACAGAACUCAAAAGAACAAAUUAUUUUCGAGAUAUUCCUGGAAAAGUACUUUAAAAGGGUUUCGAUACACAGACAUUUGAUAGCAAAUCAUAAAAAGUAUUUCCUUUCAAGAUUAAAGAACCAUUUGCUAUUUCAAUACAAAAAACUAGUCUUUUUAUCCCAAUUUCGUAUCGCAUAUUAUUGGGCAAAAAUUGGUUUACAUUGGGAAAAGUCAAACAUGUUUUCAUUAUAUUACCCCAAAGUUAAGUUGAACAAAGAAACCUCGUUAGAAAGGAAAUACAGAAUUCUGGAUAAAAAAAUACGAAAGGAAAAGCUCAUCAAGUUUCGAAUAAACUCCUUAAAGCUGGAUCCAGAUAUCAAGUCGUCACCCGCCGCUCAUAGAUCACCAGUUACAGAUAUUCAUAUGGACAAAGUGUUCAUUACUUUCAAAUCAACAUUAUUAUCGAGCAUUAUAGGCGAGCUACUUUCAUAUAAACUAUCAACCCAAAAUUUAAAGGUAAUAAUUGGGCCCAACGUUAAGGAUAUAAUCUGGAGGAAUAUCUUUGAUUCAUCACCUUUCUGGAAAAGUGUUAAAUACUUCUCGGCAAAUAUACUUCGAAUUUUCGUGAUUAUUGGUUGGAUUUUACCUGUUGCGUUUCUCGGGUUAAUAUCACAGAUACCAAAUAUUUCCUCACUGAUUCCAUUUGGGAAAAUAAUUCAUUUCCAAUCCCCAUUUAUAAGAGAAGUGGCAAAAAAUCUUAUUCCCAUAGUAACCUUGAUAAUAAUAAUAGAAAUAGUACCGUACUUUUUUCGUUGGCUGAGCUAUCUUCGAGGGCUGAAAACUGGAGCUCAAAUAGAAGCUGAUGUGCAGAAUUGGUAUUUUGUCUUCGUAUUCAUUCACCUAUUUCUGGUUGUCACAAUAUCGUCGGGAUUCUCUAUCAUUAUCGAAAGACUUCUAAACAACCCUGUCAGUAUCCCUGCACUAUUAGCUAAUGACUUACCCAAAUGUGCUAACUUUUUCUGUUCUUUUGUGUUAAUUAGAGGAAUGGCUUACGCAGGUGGUAAUCUAUUGAGAAUAAAGGAACUACUCUUUGAACUAUUUUACUAUAAAUGGAAAAAAUGUAGCCCCCAUGUUCAAUUUAGGAGGUUAAGCACAUCUUUAUUUUUCCAACUAGGUUCCAUUUAUCCUAUUUUUUCAGUUUUGGGUUGUAUCGGCAUCAUAUACAGCGUUGUUGCUCCUAUCAUAUUAUUAUUAUGUUGCAUUUCCUUUUCGAUGGUUUUUUUUUCCUUCAGUUAUCUGUUUAAAUACCAAUAUAACAAAGAAAACAAUUCUGAAACAUUUGGUAAGUUGUACAUUCAAGCUCUAAUGCAAUUAUAUGCGGGUAUUUAUUUCAUGGAGUUUUGCUUACUGGGACUCUUCACCCUUUUCGAUCAAUACACAUUAUCGUCCAUAAUGUGUGUCACUUUUAUUCUAACAGUUAUAGCACAUUCCAGAAUCUCCAAGCAAAUUAGGUCGAAACCUCAACGCAUACCUACCCUGGAAUACUUAUCAAACUUAACACCAGAAACAAAGGACCAACACUAUCGAGAAAGUUAUAAUUUCGAUGACAUUUUUUCAAUUCGUAGAGAUUUCGAUAAAAUUUGGCUGCCGAGGGACAAAUUAGGAAUUUCUGAAGAAGAGCAAUCCUUUUUGGAGAAGUCAUAUCAUUUAGAUUUCGACCUUAAUAUGUAUUCCAUGGAUUUAUUCGGAGAUUGUCAUUUAGAUAAUGGCCAUUUGCUUUAA